UUCGGUUACAUAAACGGAGGUAUCGACGGUUUUAACGCAGCUAGGUCACACGGUGGACACCACAUUGAGCUGGGGGCCAUCAAGGACAAGACGAACAACGAGCAGCCGCCAUCAUUGGAGCUCAGUUCGGCUACGCCUCGCUGAAGAAUGCUCUGGGUUGUGCUCUCAAAACACGGCAAAAAACUCGAACAAACCGCUCGAUAAAUGCUCUUUAAACAUAUUUAUUAGCUCUACUCGAGUGUUAUUUGGGUUUCCCAGCUCCUGCCUCGGUGAACAUUGGAGGAGAAGAUUAUGGGGUUUGAUGGCGGAGCGAGAUCCGCGUCCACACGGUGAUGAGGCGCCUCUGCCGAGUGGCGCAUUUGGCUGCAGUGCUUCCAAGCUACCAUUCCCCCUUCUCGGAGACCGAAAGCAGAUCCCCCCGUCCGUGGUCAGCUGGUCGCCUACAGCUGCCUGUCCGUCCACGUCCAUUCGCUUCCUCCUUCCGUGGAUCCUCCCCAACCUCCGCUCCCGACAGAAAAUCCUCCAUUACCGAGCGGGCCGAGCGAGAAAAUGGUCGCUGCGGUGCGUCCACGGUACUUUUGUUGCGGAAUAAGGACAGUGUUAAUACGCCAAAAAAAAUCCAGCUGGCAGAAUUUGCUCGACGGAGACGCCUGUUGUCGCCGCUUUAGUUGUGCUAGUUGAAGCCCUCCGCAGUGUUAUUUGAGAUUUGAAGCCGUCACAAGCAAUAGCCUAUGUCUCACCAUGUAGCGUAAACGUUUAAGGGGCGGUGUAAUGAACAUAAACCAUUAUGUCGAGAUCCAAGAAAGUACACUCACAAAUGAAUGGAGAAAUGGAGGCAACGACUCAAGGCCAAGUGUGGGCGCAGGACGAUCUCUUAAAGCUGCUGGAAGCCAUGAAAGUUGCUCUGCCACAGAAAGACCUGACUAAGUACAAAACCUCAGAGUCCCACCUCGACUGGCAGAAGGUGGCUUUCAAUUCUUACACAGCAGAGAUGUGUAAACAGAAGUGGCAGGAGGUCUCCAAAGAGAUUCGUAAGUUCAGGACCCUAACGGAGCUGAUAGUUGAUGCUCAAGACUACAUAAAGAACCCAUACAAGGGCAAGAAAAUAAAGAAACACCCAGAUUUCCCCAAGAAGCCUUUGACUCCAUACUUCCGUUUCUUCAUGGAAAAGAGGGCCAAGUAUGCCAAGUUGCACCCUGAGAUGAGCAACUUAGACCUCACUAAAAUCCUCUCCAAGAAAUACAGAGAGCUGCCCGACAAAAAGAAGAAAAAAUAUGUUGAUGACUUCUUACGAGACAAAGAAUCCUUUGUGCAUAGCAUGAUGAAAUUCAGGGAAGAACAUCCAGACCUUGUGGAGAGCAUGACCAAGAAAGGCUCAAAUGUACCAGAGAAGCCCAAGACACCCCAACAGUUGUGGUACAACCAUGAAAAGAAAGCCUUCCUCAAGACACGCCCAGAUGCGACCACCAAAGACAUUAAAGACAGUCUUGGCAAACAGUGGACGCAGCUUUCUGACAAAAAGAGGCUCAAAUGGAUCACCAAGUCCCUGGAACAGCAGAAACAGUAUGAGGAGACAAUGCGGGAAUACAUCCAGCAGCACCCAGAGUUAAACAUGACCCAGGGGGAUAUUGUAAAAUCCACUCUGACCAAGGCAGAGAGGCACUUGAAGGACAAAUCUGACGGCCGACCCGACAAACCUCCUCCAAAUGGUUACUCUAUGUUCUGCGCGGAGCUGAUGUCGAGCAUGAAGGACGUUCCCAGCACAGAGCGUAUGGUGAUGUGCAGCCAGCGGUGGAAGCUGCUGAAACAGAACGAGAAGGACGGCUACCAGAAACGCUGCGAACAGAGAAAGAAGGAGUAUGAAAUUGAGAUGAACAGAUUUCUCAGUAGUUUAUCAGAGGAGGAGCAACAGCGAGUGUUGGGUGAGGAGAAGCCAGGUUUUAAGAAGGGCAGCGGAGCCAGCAGUCCUGCCUCGAAAAAGAAAACCUCCAAAGCAAAGACUAAUCCAGAGAAACCCAAAAGGCCCAUUUCAGCCAUGUUCAUAUUCUCUGAAGAGAAACGCCCCAAACUGCAGCAGGAGAGGCCAGACCUCUCUGACAGCGACGUCACAAGACUCCUGGCUCGCAUGUGGAACGAGCUGCCAGAAAAGAAGAAGGAGAAAUUUAAACGUUUAGAAACGGUCCUGAAAGCAGAGUCUGAAAAGAAAGAGAAGGAGGAUCGUAGUCGUCUGCCAGAUCCGCCCAAGACUGCACAAGACAUCUGGCAACAGAGCGUUAUAGGAGACUACCUGGCCAGAUUUAAGAACGACCGGCCAAAGGCACAGAAAGCAAUGGAAGCAACCUGGAGCACCAUGGAGAAGAAAGAGAAGAUCAUGUGGAUCAAAAAGGCGGCAGAGGACCAGAAAAGAUACGAGAGAGACCUGUGUGAGAUGCGCUCACCUGCUGCCGUCAUUGCCUCAGGGAAGAAGAUGAAGUUUGAGGGUGAACCUAAGAAACCACCAUCAAAUGGAUAUCAGAAGUUCUCUCAGGAGAUGCUGUCCAAUGGAGAGCUGAAUCACCUACCGAUGAAGGAGCGCAUGGCUGAGAUCGGCAGCCGCUGGCAGAGGUUACCGCUGAAGGAGAAAGAUCGCUACAAGAAGAUCGCAGAGGAGAAGCAGAGGCAGUACAAAGUCCAGCUGGAGCAGUGGCUCGCUAGCUUGUCUUCCCAAGAGAGGAACACUUACAAAGAAUAUAAUUCACAAAAAAGGAGAAAUACAGCAAAACCAGGAGGCCCCAAGGCAAAGUCCAAGAAAUCUGACACUGAGGAGGACGACGAUGACGACGACGAUGAGGACGAAGAUGAAGAUGACGAUGAGCAGGAGAAGGCUUCUUCCGAGGCUGACUCGUCCAGCGAGGAAGACGACGAAGACGACGAUGAUGACGAGGCAGAUGAUGAUGACGACGAAGAAGACGAUGAUGAAGAAGAAGAUGAAGACGACGACGAGGCAGAGGACAAGGAGAACAAGUCUGAGGACAGCAGCAGCGAGUCGAACUCUGCGGGGACGUCGGACUCUGAUUCGGACUGAGACGGAGGCCGACGUCGUCCCCGAGACGAACUGAGCAGCGCUGAGCUGAGCUGAGCCAAGAGUCCAGGGAGCUCUGCCACUGUGCCAACCCUGCUCUCCUCCCACCACCAGAGGGAGCCCCUGCACCGCCUCAUCCAUUUCACUCUUUAUGUUGCUGGUGAUCUGUACUCAAGGACGGACUCUGCCCCGAUCUCCAAAAUCCGUUUAGCUUCCUCCCAGCUGUGUGACGGUCACAUAAAUGCCAAAAAAAACAACAAAACAAAACAAAAAAAACAACAACAAAAAAACAACAGCAUCCCACUGGUUUGGUGAUGUCAUGAACAUUUCUGCCGCUGGUUUCAAUCUGGUUUAAGAGUUAGAGUUUUAACAUGUAGGGUGAAAUAAAAACCCUUCAGUGUUUUGUUAGUGUUAGAGUUCUGGUUGUUAGUUACAGUCAGGUGGCAGGAGAUGUAAACAGGCUUCAUUGAGCCAAAGAACAUAGAACGGUGGAUCACUUUAGGGAGGGGGGGAUGUGCGGGGUACUGAAAAAAUUGCACUCUUCAGAAUGUUUCCUUUUAAUUUUUUAUUGUUUUUCCCAGAACAUUGUUGUUGUUCUCUAUUCUCAACUUAUGGUGUAGAUUUUAUGAUUUGGUUCUUAAAGAGGUGGUAUUUUUUUCAGGAAAAAAAAAAUCAAGCCAUUAUGAAUGUCUGUUUUUGUUGCUGGAAAACUUUUUUUUUUUCAGAUUUUGUUACUUACCCAUGUUCUCAUUUAACAACAAGAUUACAGUGCCUAUAAAUGGUUCACCCCCCAUUUGGACUUUAAUGUUUUAUUAUUUUACAAGACUGAAUGGAAGCAGAUGUAAUUAGGCCCUUUGACACUAAUCUGCAUGAAAAAGAAAAUGAAUUUGGGUGUGUUUUAAAGUGCUGCAGGCUUUACAGUGCUAAAGUAAAAGUGAUGUGGAUAUCAUCUUAUGAAAUUAUGAGGUUUUCUUGUGCUACUCUAAAUAUGAAUCUUUACAAAUGCAUCUAAAUUAAGCACAAAUAUAAAACUCAAAACAGUUGAUUACAUGCUCUUUGGGUGUGUAGGAGUCUGUACACCUAUUAAGAAUGGUUAUUUUCAGUCACCUUGCUGCAGUAUAUUCAUCUUUAUACCAUAAAAAUAACAAAUUUGGGCUUUCGGAUGCAGGUCAAACUUUUUAAUCAAGUAAUUGGCUUUUAUAUUUGCGUUUAAUUUAGAUCCGGUUCUAAAGGUUGUGUUCACAUUGUCAAAAAAGCCUCAUUCCAUCCACUGUUUCUCGUAUUUUACAACAUUAACUUCCGGUGGGGGCUGAAAAGGUGCUGCAGGAUCCAUCGCCGUGUUUCUGAAAGUUAUCGUCAAUCCGUCAGUCUUAAUCCUCCGUUAAUCCAGCAGCUUGCUCUGGCCUCACUGUGAUGUGACCAGUGUGCGACAGGAGCACUUUGUCAUCGAAGGGAUCCGCGUUUUGAGCUCGAUGUGACUCGGUGUUUUAAAGAGUACAUGUAUUUGUUUUUUUCUUUCAUGUUUCAGUUACAGUUUAUUGGCUUCCAGGUUUGUUUUAAUCCCAUCUGGAACUGAAUGGUUGCAUCUGUUCUUUAUUUUUAAAGUUAUCUUGAAAUUUUAAUGGUAUUGACUGUAAUCCGUUUGGGUUUUAGUCUGAUGCUUAUCCCAAAAAGAGUGUGCACUUAAUGUAAAUCUGUCCCUCAGUGUGAGUUAAGUGUGCAUGCAUGCACAAGACUGUAGAUGAGGGUGUGUGUGUGUGUGUGUGUGUGUGUGUGUGUGUGUGUUUCUUUGCUUUAAUUUGUGCUGUUCUUGCUGUUUCGUUGCAUUAUCAUGAUGCGACUGCAGCGUGCAUGUAUGUGCCUGUGUGGGGACAUCAUACCAACACCAUGAAUGUAGAUAUUGUUGACUCUAUUUUUUUCCUUCCAAAGGUCUUUGCUGUCACGCAUUGAUUACCUGAAAAUGGACUGAUGGCUUCCUGUCAUUUUUGGGUCAGACUAAGUACAUGGCAACUAUUAGGACUGAUUUUGACCAUUAUGAAUCUCAUCACAGACUGAAACAAAACCAGCGUGGACUAUUUAAAUACCUGGGGGAGGGGAACGGAAAGUGAUUGCUCACAUUGACUGAUGGGAGUUUGUAAAAGGGAUCUGGGGGAACUGAGUUGCCAGUGGACUUGGGGUUUAAAAAAACUGUAAUUUUUCUGUAAAUACUGUUUUUUGUAUUGAGUGCUUAUUGUUUUUUGUUAGUACUUUAAUUUGGCAAAACCCUCAUCUGUGAUUUCCGAGGCCAGUGAGUCUUUCACUCACGGGGGAGAAUUUUUGGUUAAAUUCACCUGUUUUAGUUGUUUGUUCUCUCCCUUCUGUUGGUUUAUAGAGAUAUCUAAGACAGCAAAGCUUUACAAAGUUUGUACUGCUCAUCAUUUGACAGAAUUUGAUGUUUUCUAUAGCUGAGGGUGUUCUUAUGUCCUUGUAGUUCAAGUAUUUGGGCAAAUAAAAAAUUAUCUUUAA